AUGAAUGUGACUGAGUACUUUAUCCAAAGAGAUGCCCUUGCCGCCAUCUUCCUGGGUUUUGGUAUCAACCCAAAUGUGUCGCACGCCAUGGCCAGAACACCCUGUGGCUAUCCUGGUUUGGUUUGCGAUGAUGCUGGUUUUGUGAUCUUCAUCGGCAUCUCAGGAGGCCUUCCGGGGGAGAUAUCCUGGGAAAUUGGAAAGCUUCAGAAGCUGGAGGAACUCCAUCUUGCUGAUAACUGGCUGCGUGGAGAGAUUCCCAGAUCCUUGGGCUCGCUGAAACGCCUAGAGCAUUUGAUCUUGCGAGACAAUCGCUUGACAGGGGACAUCCCUGCGGAGCUUGGAGAGCUGAAGGCCUUGAAGAAGCUCUUACUAAGCCAUAACUAUCUCACGGGCAGAAUUCCGAAGGAGCUAGGCGCACUGAAAGAUUUGAAGGUCCUUUCUUUGGGAAAGAACCUGCUCACCGGUGAGAUCCCGAAGGAAUUGGGUCAGCUGAAGUUCCUGACACAUUUGAAUUUGCGUCAGAACCUUCUAAGCGGUGAGAUUCCCAGGGAGCUUGGCAAUUUGAAGGUGCUUGAAUCGCUUUACCUCUGUCAAAACAACCUCACAGGUCCGAUCUUUACAGAAGUUGGCAACUUGCGACAACUGCGGCAGCUCGCGCUAUACCAAAACCGCCUCAGCAGUGAGAUCCCACAGGAGAUCUCCCAACUCCGCCUUCUUGAAAGCCUCAGCUUGAGCCAGAACCAGUUGAGCGGCCAGAUCCCUCCUCAGCUGGGGCAACUGGUGGAAUUGAAGUAUUUGAAUUUGCACAGCAAUCAGCUUUGGGGGAAGAUCCCGCGAGACCUGGGAAGUCUUCAGAAGCUCACCUUGCUUCAGCUUGCCCAAAAUCAGCUCACGGGACAGAUACCCUUCGAGUUGGGCCUGGCUACCAAUCUCAGGAUACUUCAUUUGGAGAAGAAUCAGCUGCACGGACAGAUUCCUCAGUCAAUCUUCAACCAUGCAGGCUUGCAGCAGCUGCACCUGCAUCACAACCAGCUGUGGGGCCAAAUAGGUCUGGGAGAGCUCCCCUCUUUGACGGUGCUGCACCUGUCAUACAAUCGCUUGACCGGGGAAAUUCCCAGAAGCAUUGGGCACCUGAAGUCGUUGCAAAGCUUGCACCUGGAGAGCAAUCACCUUUCAGGCCCAAUCCCAGAAGAACUCUGGACGCAGAAGUUGCAGGAUGUGCAUCUCAAUGGAAAUGCCUUCAAGGGUCCUUUGCCACCGUUUCAGCACAUGCUAAACUUGCAGCUCUUGGACCUGGGCAACAACUUCUUUGAGGGCGAAGUGCCCCCCCCUCCCACGAAGCCUGGAACUCUUGGAUCUGAGCCAUAA